CGCCUUAAUGAACCGUAAUGUGCCGACGCUAACGCAUUCGGAGGAUGCAAGUUAAUCAUAUCAGUCCCUUCCUGCUCACCCUUCUUCUCCUCCCCGUCAUGAAAUCCUCCGCUUCAAGCCGUAUGAUUUGGGUCACAAGUGGCGGAGCCGUCAUUACCGAGUUUCCCCAGUCAAAUGAUGCUCACCCUGUCCAGGCUCUCUGCCCCCUACAGUUCAAACCCGAAGAAGCACACAACAUGUACUUUACCUCGAAAUUGCUCAACAUCAUGUGCUGCGCCGAGCUAGCGCGCCGUACACCGGUAAGAAUAGCGGCAUCUCAUCCUGGGUUGGUGGACAUUGAGCUGGGGAAGAAGGAUAUGCACGAAGAGAAUUUACAGCCAGUCGAUCUCGAGGCAACAUGGGGAAUGAAGCAGCGGAGUCCAGCGGAGGGUGCUAAAACCGUACUCAUACCUGCAACAUAUGAUACAUCGGUCGUGUGGGACUAAGACGGAGGGAUGCCCGUUUUUGAUCAUAUAGAGCGCACUGAGUACCCACCAAAGGCGAAAGAUGAACUUUGAGACGAAGGGUGUGGGAGGACAUUGUGAGACUCAUGAGCCUCGGUGCCGGGAAAGUUGAGGAGA